AUGCGCGAGAAGCGACGACGCGAGCAACAGCGUCAACGGAUGGUGAACUGGCGGCGCCUGAAGAAGGAGAAGAUGGCCGAUAUGCUCUACGAACGCCGGGUCCUCGAGAAGGAGCUACAGCUACAGGUCAUGGAGGCGCGAGUGCGGCUGGACCGAAUGCAGGUGGGGUCACUAGCCACCGCGUACCGCCAGAGCCUCGUCGAGUGCGCGGCUCUGACCAGCGAGAACAUAGCACUGCGCGAAGCCAUCGAGCACCAAACCAGCAUCAAGACUCAGCUCGAGCGAGAAACGGACGCGUUCCUGGGGCAGCUUCGACCGGUGGAUCCCCCUCCGUCUCUGUCGAACGACGAAACUGGAUGGUGCGUGCAGUUCCCCAACAACGAGCCGUCGCUCUACUUCACGCCGUUCACGAGGGCCGAGUUCGAGGCGAUCGUCAGCCGCAAUGACAUUGCGGUCAGUCACCCCUGCACUGCAACGAUCGGGAAGAUUCUUGGCUGGACGGUUCAUUACUCCCCGUUGACUCAAACUACGCCGGGGGAGUCCUUCAUGGCACGAGCGCGGUUCACAAGACGUUUGCGGUGCCCGCUCGAUGAGGCAGAGAGAAUAUUACCGCGACUUGACAAGAAGUUAUGGCCCGUGCUGGUGGAACCGAGGAGUUGGGGGCUCACGCAGACUGGGGAAACAUUCUGCCAAGUUCUCCAAGACUUCAGCCAAAACGCUCAUCUUAUGGUGUGCAACCUCCCGGGGGAGGUCAAUCUCCGCUACCUCGUCCUAGCGUGGCACACUCGACAAAGGAGAUCGGACGGCAAGCGUGACGACAAGUAUAUUUUGACGAUCGGCGACUCGCAGGCGAACGCGCGCAACAGGGACGUCGAAGGCCCCCAGAAAGACGUGCAGUGGGUCCUGGAAGGAGGAAUAUGCACUACUAUUACAGAGGUGGACGAAUCGACCAUCGAUGUUGUCUGCGAGCAGUGGGCUGGAUGUCUGAGCGAGCAACACGGCCGAGAGCUGUACAUCGACUGGAUUCGGUUUCCUGUUUGUCUGGAGCAAAACGUAUCGCCAGCAAGGCUGCUGUGCUUGUAG